AUGCUUUUAUCUUUCGUCGAUUUCUCAACACAUGAGGGACCAGGAUCUAAACCUGUCGGAGAAGGUGACGGCAGGGAUUGUGAAGAUGAUGAGCUCGACGACGAGUUUAGCGACGAAGAACUUGAGGGCGAAGAAGAAGCAUAUUCUCCUAGAGUCGAAGAAGAAUUACUCUCGAACGGUGAAGCUUCUUGA